GACGUAAAGCAUCAUCUACUUAUAACUUGGUCCCGGCGAUCGUGUCCGACGUCGACGGGUGACUUGGCUUCGGCAAUUUGUGCAUAUUUCGGCAGAAAGUCCAUUGUGCUCGAACGUCUUACUAUAACGUCACUUGCACAAUUGAUACUGUGACUGUCGCCAGAGUCGAGGGGCGCAACAUUGCCAUCGAGUUUGCGCACGCAUCCUAGCAGCGCCCCAGCCAAGAUGGCAGGGCACUUAACAGUAGAGGAACGGCUAGAAAAAGCGCGGUUAAUGCCGCGGGUGUCGCCUGAGCUUCUCCAGCUUGUGACGCAAACAGACAAGCUGCUUUUGUCCUCGCAUCAAUCAAACUUAAGUCAAGCCAUCAUCGCUUGCCAGGAGAUAGCUCGCGAGGCGCCGGCGGUGGUGGUGGCUCUGCGCUGGACCGUGACGCUGGUGGACCUGCUGGAGAGCGACAUCGCCGAUGUGCGGCUGGCCGCCUGCAAUGCCCUGGCGGCCGUCAGUGUGGCGCAGGAGGGCCGCGACGCCAUCCGCACCGCCGGCGGGCUGCGGCCGCUGGUGCUGCUGCUGGGGGGCGGCUGCGGCGGCGGCGGCGCCGGUGCCACUACGGCGGCUGCGGCCCUGGCGCUCAUGAACUGCAGCGCCUGCGACGUGUGCAAGGCAGCCAUCGCCGACUGCCACGGCGUGCCCAUGCUGCUCAACCUCAUCCGGGAAGCGGUGGCGCGGACACACGCCGCCGCCGCCACCACCGCCGCCACCACCUCCGGCGCCUCCUCCACCGCACCAGCGCAGCCGCAGUCCGGGACAGCGGCGGCGGGGGCCGGGGCGGGUGGCGCGGCGGCGCACGGCGGGGAGGGCCUCAAGACGCCGGGGGACUGCAGGGCGGCGGGGUAUGCGGCGGGCGCGCUCAUGAACAUGGGCGGGGUGGCGGACGUGCAGGACCGCAUGCUGGAGGCGGGCGCGGUGGAGGUGUUUGAGGAGGCGGUGCGGGCGGCGGCGCCCGGCGACCUGGUGUCCACCCGCGCCCAGUUCUGCCUCAGCUGGCUGGCGGUGGGCAGCGGCGGCGCAGAAGCAGCAGCAGACGGCGAGGUGCAGCCGCCGCCGCCAGAGCCGCUCACGCAGCCGCCGCCGGGGGCGGGGCUGGUGCCGGGUGGAGGCGGCAGCGGCCGCCGGGUGCCUGUGGCCAGUCCGCGCUACCCCAGCGCCUCGGGCGCUGCCCCGCCCUCCGCCGCCGCAUCCCUCGGGGGGAGAUCCACGCCGUCGGGUGGCGGCGGCGCCUCCCGUACUGGCACGCCGCUGGCGGGCGCUGCAAAGCCGGCGGCGGGCUCGGCGCUGGCGGCGGUGGCGGCGGCGCGAGGCACGACGCCGCUGGGGGGCGGCAAGCCUGGAGCGGCGGCGGCGAGCGCGCGGUAGCAGCGGCGGGGGGUUGGUGCGGGGGCUGGUGCGGAGUGGGUUGGUGGGUUGGUAUUGCAGGCGGCGUGCGGUUGGGCUUGGGUACGGGACUGUCGACUGUGUGGUUUUGGUCACGCAACAGGAGCGGAUGCUGCAGGCGUUGCAGCGGCGGCUGCAGCUGCUGUAACAGUUGCAGCAGCAGCAACGGGACUGGGUGGUGGUGAUGGCGGGUGCGGGUGGGGUCGGCUCAAGCGGCGGAGCAGGAUACGGUAUGCAUGGACGGGACGGGUGAGCGCAACGAUAGGGCGCGAUAGGGCGCGAUAUAGGGGACCCAUGCAUGCACACUGUCUACUCGAGCGCUGAUAGCUUAGGCCUGAGCACUGGCGCAUGCACGUUGCGGCAGCAUUGUUGGCUAAGCUGGCUCCUAGGGAUGUGAGGAGGUGCGAGUGAAGGACGACGCGAGGGUAGUGGGUUAUCUCUGGCCGGGUGUUUUGGGUAUGAGGUACGAGCAUGGGUGCAUAAGGUUUCGACUUGGCUUCGACUCAUGUGCGUAACACUAUGAAGGUCGGCAGCCAACCAGGGGGCGGGUGUUGUUUCUCUGGGUCGCAGAUGGCCCUUCGCGGCGUGGGUACGGCGUGCCCCCGCUUGUCGGGCUGUCCCUUCAAUUGUAAUCCGCAUCCAUAAGGUUUGUAGGUGCCCAAAUGGUGGCUCACAAUAAAGUGGCACGUGUCGGUCGUGCGAAAUGAGGACUGUAGCAGGUCAUAUGGAGGCGCGGCUCGAGGAUUGAGGCAGCGGUGCGAGCUGGAGUCAGGUGUGCGCGCGCGCGCGCAGGGGGUUUACGCCACACGGAUGGUCAUGCAAACUGAC